GUGGAGGGCGGGGCAGAGAGACGUAGGUGCUGCGCCAGAACCGAGCGUGACGUUGGUGUUUGGCGUUACUCGCGAACCGAGAAGGCGGUAACCAGGUUUCUGAAACCUGCCUCCGGCUCAAGCCCUGGGAACCCAAGUUUUGAGCCCACUGGGACGUGCUGUCAUGGAGGAGCUCGACCCGGCCGUCCGAGGCUCCGGUACGUGGAGUCCCCCGGCAGCCAUGGAUGAGGACCUGGUUUUGGCGCUGCAGCUUCAGGAGGAGUGGAACUUGCAGGUCUUGGAGCGCGAUCCAGCCCAGGAGCCUCUGUCUCUGGUGGACGCGUCCUGGGAGCUGGUGGACCCCACCCCCGAUAUUCAGGCCCUGUUUAUGCUGUUCAACGACCGUUUCUUCUGGGGCCAUCUGGAGGCGGUCGAGGUGAAGUGGAGCAUGCGAAUGACGCUGUGCGCUGGGAUAUGCAGCUACGAAGGCAGGGGCGGAAUGUGUUCCAUCCGCCUCAGUGAACCCCUCUUAAAGUUGAGACCAAGAAAGGAUCUGGUGGAGACCCUCUUGCAUGAAAUGAUACAUGCCUAUUUAUUUGUCACGAAUAACGAUAAAGAUCGGGAAGGGCACGGCCCAGAGUUUUGUAAACAUAUGCGUCGCAUCAAUCGCCUGACGGGAGCCAAUAUAACGGUGUACCAUACUUUCCACGAUGAGGUGGAUGAAUACCGGCGACACUGGUGGCGCUGCAAUGGGCCGUGUCAGCACAAGAAGCCAUAUUACGGCUACGUGAAACGCGCCACCAACAGGGCACCCUCUGCCCAUGACUACUGGUGGGCUGAGCACCAGAAAACCUGUGGAGGCACCUACAUAAAAAUCAAGGAACCAGAGAGCUACUCAAAAAAAGGCAAAGGAAAGACAAAACCAGGAAAGCAGCCAGUAUCAGAAGCAGAAAAUAAAGGUAAACCGAACAGAGGGGAGACACAGUUGUUAAUCCCUUUCAGUGGGAAAGGGUAUGUUCUAGGGGGAACCAGCAAUUCGCCUUCAUCUGGGAAAUGUCUCACUUCACAUGCUGUUAAAACCCAGGAUCUUUUAAAUCAGGACCAUUCAGCAAAUGCCUUAAGACCCAAUUCGAAACCUGAGGUGACAUUUGAACAGAACGGCUCAAGUGGGAAAACUUCCUUAGUCUCCGCUGCUCGCAGUUCCAGUCACCAAAGUGUUUUAAGCAACUACUUCUCGAGAGUAUCGGUCUCCAAGCACAAGGCUUUCAGAAGUGUGAGUGGGUCUCCGAUGAAAAGCCUCACGGUUGGUGACAUCGCUAAAAACUCGGUCUCUUCUAGUUCUCAAAGGAGGGUGACAUCUUCUAAGAUAUCCCUAAGAAGUCCUCUAAAAACAGUGGAAUCGACAUCUGUGACUGCACCCCAGGUUGCAGGUGGGCCUGAAGAUCAAUUCCCAAGUAAACGCCCCAGGCUCGAAGACAGGACUGUUUUCGACAACUUUUUUAUCGCGAAAGAGCAAACACAGAGUGGUGGUAACGAUCCAAAGUGUGGUUCACGUCCUAUAGCUGCAACGCAGAAUGCCAGCAGUUCAUCUAGUCAGAGCAAAAUGGUUCACUGUCCUGUUUGUCAGAGUGAAGUUUUGGAGUCUCAGAUUAAUGAGCACCUGGACUGGUGCCUUGCAGGUGAUAGCCUCUAAGUCAAAAGCUGAAAAAAAUCUCUGAAAAAUGAAUGGGUCUCACAUGUCCCACCCGUAUUACCUCAUAGCACAGUGUCAGCCGCUCAGGAAUUCCUGGUUAGUGCUAAGAUUUGCAGAUUAUAACCUAGUUCACCCAUAUUAAAUGUUCUAUUUUAUAUAUACAUAUAUGAGAUUGUAACUUAAACUGUUUUAUGUCUGAGGGUGCUAUACUCACUCGUAGGUGUACUGUAGCCCAGAGUUGCUUCUGGGUGCAUACAUGUAUAAUUUUUAGAUACUUUUGUUCUUUCUUUUAAGAGUAUUUAAAUCUGUUAAUCUUUUUAAUUUGCAUAUUUUCCUUAAAAUAGUCAGUGAGGAAUCCUGUCAGGUGUUUGGUUAAAUUCCUUUAUUAAUAUUAAAACUCAUUCCCAGAACUGGUAAUAUUCAUAGUAUCGGACAUAUUGACCAAAAAUACAACCUAGUUGUUUUCCGGUACUCAAGGCUUUUGGUUUUUCUUUUUUUUUUUCUUCAAAAUUUUAACAGGAAAUACGUUUCCUAUAUUAUAAAGAUUUUUAUUUCUCUGUUUCACUAAAAGGUGGCAGCAGGUUUAAGGUUAAAGUAGGUAAGCAGAGUAAAAUAAAUGCCUUUUGGAACAUUGCUGGUAACAAAUAGCCAGUGUAAUUCUGUGGGCCAGGGCUGAGCUCUAGCGAAAUGGCUGGUUAAAGCUCAGUACUAAGUAACGGCAUAUAGAGCAUAACCGAGUUGCCGAGUUUAUGUGCACGUGGACCAUCAUCUGGAAACAGUAUGAUGAACCUUAAGCCAAAGUUGAAACCAUUUAGGAAUACCAUUUGUGUAUGUAAAAAAUUAUAUUUCUUUUAAAAAGCAUUCUUUUCCACGUCCCAGCAAAGGGACAGAGAUAGUUUGGUCAGCUUACUUUGUCUCAUGGCUCUGCCGCCAGUGUGUUGGCAUAUUUUCAGGGCCUUAGUUCACAGGUUUUCUUUUUCUUAACUUUGUUGCAACACGACUUUACAUCCGUAAGGUGCAGCUGGGUUCCCCGCUGAGUGACCACUACGCAGGUGCAGUUAGAGAGCAUUUCAGUUGCCAUGAAGUGUCCUUAUGGGCAACUCUCGCCAGCCAACACCCACCACCCCAGAGUAACCAAUGUUUUCGUCUGUCACCACGGUUAGUUUAGCUUGUUUUUAAACACUAUGAAGUAGUACCUUUGUUGCUAUGGGUAGCAGAAGUUCAGUCUUUUCAUUGCUCUGUAGUAUUUGUAUGAAUGUGCCCGAGUUUAUCUAUCAUUCUGAUAUUAAUGGACAUUGCAAUUAUCUCCAGUUUGGGGCUGGCCAUUCUGAAUAACGCUGCUAAGAACGUUCUUACUCAUUUCUGCUGAGCAUAUCCCCAGUCUGGAAUGCAGGGUCACCAGGUGCAUUUAUGUUUAGCUUUAGUAAAUGCUGCCAGUUUACAGUCCUGCCCGCAGUGUAUGAGAGCUUGUCACUCAGCAGUCUUAACGCUGUUGUCAGUCCUUUUCAUUUUAGCCUGUCUGGUUGAGUGUUUAUGAGUUUUGAUAUUUCUUAAGCAUGAAGUUAAACAAUAGUAUUUAAUAAAUAUUUAUAGAUAAAUGA